AUACAUUAAUAACAAUAAUAUUUUUAUCACUUAUUGUUUUUGAUUUUACGUUUAAAUGAUUUACGUACAAGUAAAAAAAAAAAGUCGGUUUUUUUUUUACGUACGAUUACAAAAAAUUUUUUUUUUAAGUUUUGAUGUAAUUGAAUUAUUUGGAAGUUGGCGUUCUUUUUCGUUUCGUCUUAAUUUUUACCGCCAAAUUAAAUUAUACCUUUUUGUAAUUAAAUUAAUAUUUCCUUCAUCACUUAAAUCACUUAAUUUUUUUCCCGCCUGAAAUUUUACUAACGCCCAAUUUAUUUGACAAUAGGUGCAUUUUACCCAAUAUAUUUUAGAUUAUUUUUGGAUCAGGAAUUUACUAGAAGGUUUAAAUCUAGAGGAACAAAACAAUGUUC